ACAGUAACUCACCGAGACAAGAGACAACUCGGGGAGACGCAGCCUGGACUAGUCAGAAUGGAAGCUGCAGGCACCGUGGGCGUGUGGGCGACUCUGACGAAGGUUGUGUCUGCUGCAGGCGGCCGGGUCUCCGUCUGCAUGGGCUGUGGGGCCGUCAUCAACGACCAGUAUAUACUGAGGGUGGCACCAGACAUGGAGUGGCACGCUGCCUGUCUCAAGUGCGCUGAGUGCCACCAGUUCCUCGACGAGACCUGCACCUGCUUCGUCAGGGACGGCAAGACCUACUGCAAGAGAGACUACGUCAGAUUAUUCGGUGCUAAGUGCGAUAAAUGUAGCGGAGGUUUUAGUCGGACUGACAUGGUAAUGAGGGCCCGCUCCAAGAUCUUCCACCUAGACUGCUUCAGAUGUCGGUCGUGCGGGAAACAGCUCCUGCCGGGGGACGAGUUCGCGCUAAGAGACGACGUGUUGUUCUGCCGCCACGACUAUGAUGCCAUCAAGGAGGAAGCCAGAGACGACGAGAUGACUGACGACAACCACAACACAGACCCCGGCUGCCCCGUCCAGCUAGCAGAAGAACCUGAGCCAGCGUCCCACCAGACCGGCAGUAGACCCAGGGGCAGCAGUACGGGGGUAACUUCUUCAGGAGGAGACAGAGGCAGCGAUAGAGGCAGCGAUAGAGGCGGAGGAGGAGGAGGUGCUGGAGGUGGUGUAAGCCUAGGCAGGAGAGACACAACAGGCAGAGUGCACAAGAGUGAAGGAAAGCCCACUGAAGUACGGACGGUGUUGACAGAGAAACAGCUACAUACGCUGAGAACCUGUUACGCGGCGAAUCCCCGGCCGGACGCUCUGAUGAAGGAACAGUUAGUGGAGAUGACGGGACUGUCGCCCAGGGUGAUCCGGGUGUGGUUCCAGAACAAGAGGUGUAAGGACAAGAAGCGGGCGAUCUUUAUGAAGCAGGCGGCCCUACACCAGGAGAAG